AUGGAAGAUGGGAGCAUGCGGCGAAGACUGGGCCAGAAGCCUAGUAAUCCAUCUGGAGCUGCGAACAACCAAUCAGCAGAUGAUCAGUCGGAGCCCCGACCAAGAGUCCUGGAUGAUACUGCAGAAGAGACGACGACGCCUGAUCAGCGAGGUGUUGCGAGAGCAUCUGCGGGCAGAGUUUCUGGGAAAGGUCAGGGAGAGACGGCGGCGUCUGCGGAUGAAGGUGAGUUGACAGCUGCAGAAGCCGCAGUGAAUCCUUUUUGGUCUGAACGCGCCCAGGCGGAGGUCCAGCUGGCGCUAGCACGCCCCGACUUUCUGGGAGAGGUGACUGGACAGAACUCUGGUGGCCCAUCUUCCACGUCCACGGAGAUGAGGCCAGCAAAUGAGACGCCGGAAGUGCCAGGGAGUGCGGUGGAAGCGCGCAGGGCUGUAGCAGAACACCCUGUGGGACCACCGGUUAGCUUGGGCCCGCCUGCUGCGGUAACAACCACUAUUAGUGGACAAGCUGUUGCAGAAGAACCUCAGCCUGGCGAGCCUGGGUUGAGGCCGGGAGAGCGCCAGAUUCUGACCGAGAUGAAGGGUAUCCUCGAGAUGUUAGUGGCUCAAAACACUGAGCUGCGUGAUCAGAAUGAGAGCCUGCAAUCUCGCCUGGAAAAGCUGGAGGAGGAUCGUUCCGCUGCGUGGCGUUCGGUUGCCUCUGGGGGAGCUCAGGAUUGGAGGGUGCAAUCAGAGAUGGGACUGAAGGAUAGUCGCUUGCGAGAUCGAACUCCAGAACCAUCUGUGAAUCCAGAAGCUUGCGAAGGAGGCUUGUACGAGCGCGUUGUGGGACUGGAUAGAAGGUCAGAUUUGACUGGAAUGUUUGAGGGUACGCCGGAUACCGCCGUCCCGGGUUGGGAGAACACGGUUCCAGGGGGUAGACCUGAUGCGCAUGAUGAUCUCGUUGAUCCGUGGCAAGGCCUUGACGUUGCCGGCCUGGGCGUAGGUCCUGGCAGGGACCCUUUUGUGCCAGGAGAUCGGACGUAUUGGAAUCUGCCCAUCUUGGAGGAUCCUUCGCAACCGUCACCUGCGACGCGCGCGUCAGACUGGCUGGUACAGAUCAGGCCGAUGCUCUAUGAUCUUUCUGACAUGUCCCAGUGCUGGUGGCAGAGAGUAGAGUUCGAGAGCCAGGUGUGGUACCAACGGUGGUGUCGGGCAUCAGCUCUUGAGAGAGGGUUAAUUGUGCCUAAGAUGAGCUCCGAGCUAAGUCACAUGCGUUUUCGGAGGCUGGAAUCGAGGGCGUAUGGGAUGCUUCAGACGGCAGUGCCGGCUAUCAUCAGGGAUGAGCUUCUAGCUUCAAGAUCGUUGAAUUGUGUGAGCCUUCUUUUCCAAAUCCUCAAGGUGUAUGCGCCGGGGGGCCUGCAGGAGCGAACUCAAAUUCUUGGUGAUCUUACCAAUCUAGGAGUGGCUCGCAGUGCUUCGGAAGCGGUGCAAGCGCUGAGGGGCUGGAGCAGGACUUAUGCGAGAGCUCGCACCAUGGGUGUGUCAGUUCCUGACCCUGCGCUGGUCCUUCGUGGUUUGGACACGCAUACGGAGGGACUGCUUCGGAAGGCAGUGCAUUCACAGGUAUCCUUUCGAGUGUCCACGGCCAGGAAUCACUUGCGACUGGACCACAACCCCACCAUGGGGGCGGUUAUGGAGUUCUUGAAGGUUCUUCAGAGUGAGUGGGAACAGGUUUCGGUUUCUGGUCAGGACGAAGCCCCAAAGCCUCCAAGAGCUGCUCGGAUGGAAGCGGGCGCAAAGGGGGACGGUAAGGGAGAUAAGGGCAACGACGACAAAGGUGGGAAUCAAAAGGGGAAGGUCGGGACUGCUCGCAUUACCAUGAUUUCUCGGCGGCCAAAGGGCAGAGCCGAUGCUACAACUGUGGUUCAGAUCAACACAGGCAACAAGAUUGCUCAAGACCGAAAGGUGUCGCAAACGCAAGUCCUGGAAGAAGCUCAGAAGCUGCUGAAGUCACUACGGAUUGCCGCGCUCAGGGUGGGUCCCGAAUCCAGCGCAGAAUCCACGGGGGAAGUGAAUGAUCAGGAUGCACUAGGUGACAGUGAGAAAGAUCAAGGGGCCUACAGGGCGCUCUGCAUUCAGCUCAUUGGUGAGUUGGAACAGUGUCGGGCUCAAAAGAUUCAAAAGGCUCUGAACUUGAGAGCUUUGAAGCUGGGUAGUCCUUGUGGGGAGUCCGAACAGCCGUGUGCGUGGGGAUCAGAACUUGAUGUCUUGAAAACACUCCGGGAGAUUUGUCCUGAGGAGUCAGAGGGAGUGCUUGCCAGGGCUGUUCCGAUCCAGUGUGGGGACUAUCCUGUAGGGGCGAGUGUGUUCCUGGGUCUUAAUCGGAGGGCUCGAAAGGCGAUCCAACUCGCCAAGCAUGUGGUACUGAAUCUGUGUCCAGGCAAGCCCAAGGUGUCAUGGCGAAAUCUGUUUGGUGCGCAGACCGUGGUUCUCACUGUUGCUACGAGUCGCAGUCCAGGUGUGUUUGACGAACGUACAUUCUCCUGGUUAGCUACUCUAUGUGCGUCCGGGAAGGUUGCAGCAGUGGUAGGUAGCCAAUCCAGGGUGGUGUCUAACUCCAGAGAUGAGGGAGAGUGUCAAGGGGAAGUUGAGAUCGCGCAUGAGAAUCAAUUGAUCCAGGUGCUGCGUACGUUGGUGUUGCACAGGCUUGCUGAGCGCAACCGUGAAGGAGGAAGUGUGUUGGUGUUGGAGGGCUCUGACAGGGCUAGGUUCUGGAACAAGUUGUCCUUGCCUGUGUGGAGCCACAACGAGCUUUCGGUGCAGCUGGAGACUCAGCGAAUCACACACCUUCGUGGUUGUCAGUCGUUCUGUGGAGUGGGUGCUGUAGAUGAGCGUACGGAUGGUGACCAUGAGAAUCACUCCGCCGAUUGGUCGGACGAGUUGGUGAAGGUAGUGCAUCGGCAUGCAAACGCAUUGACCUUGAACUUGGACCUGAUUGGCCCUUGGGCGGCUGGAGAUGACCAUGCCGUAGCCGGACCGGUGCGCCACAUCCUGGUAGCGACUCUUGGAGUCCCCAUCCUCGAGGGUGGAAAGCCACUUCCUCUUGAACAAAGAGACGAGAGAGAGGAGAGAGAGAGAGAGAGAAGAAGCGAUAGAAGAUGA